AUGUCCAGUGGGGGCAGGUUUAAUUUUGACGACGGAGGGUCCUACUGUGGAGGCUGGGAGGACGGCAAGGCGCACGGCCAUGGCGUCUGCACCGGCCCCAAGGGCCAAGGCGAAUACACCGGCUCGUGGAGCCACGGCUUCGAGGUGCUGGGCGUCUACACCUGGCCCAGCGGCAACACGUACCAGGGCACCUGGGCGCAGGGCAAGCGCCACGGCAUCGGCCUGGAGAGCAAGGGGAAGUGGGUGUACAAGGGCGAGUGGACGCACGGAUUCAAGGGGCGCUACGGGGUGCGGGAGUGCGCGGGCAACGGGGCCAAAUACGAAGGGACCUGGAGCAACGGGCUGCAGGACGGCUAUGGGACCGAGACCUACUCGGACGGAGGGACCUACCAGGGCCAGUGGGUCGGUGGCAUGCGCCAGGGCUAUGGCGUGCGGCAGAGCGUCCCGUACGGCAUGGCUGCGGUCAUCCGCUCGCCCCUGAGGACGUCCAUCAACUCCCUGCGCAGCGAGCACACCAACGGCACGGCGCUGCAUCCCGACGCCUCUCCGGCGGUGGCCGGCAGCCCGGCCGUGUCCCGCGGGGGCUUCGUGCUCGUGGCCCACAGUGACUCCGAGAUCCUCAAGAGCAAGAAGAAGGGGCUGUUCCGGCGCUCGCUGCUGAGCGGGCUGAAGCUGCGCAAGUCGGAGUCCAAGAGCAGCCUGGCCAGCCAGCGCAGCAAGCAGAGCUCCUUCCGCAGCGAGGCGGGCAUGAGCACCGUCAGCUCCACGGCCAGCGACAUCCACUCCACCAUCAGCCUGGGCGAGGCCGAGGCCGAGCUGGCGGUCAUCGAGGACGACAUCGACGCCACCACCACCGAGACCUACGUGGGCGAGUGGAAGAACGACAAACGCUCCGGCUUCGGCGUGAGCCAGCGCUCGGACGGGCUCAAGUACGAGGGCGAGUGGGCCAGCAACCGGCGCCACGGCUACGGCUGCAUGACCUUCCCGGACGGCACCAAGGAGGAGGGCAAGUACAAGCAGAACAUCCUCGUCAGCGGCAAGCGCAAGAACCUCAUCCCCCUGCGGGCCAGCAAGAUCCGCGAGAAGGUGGACCGCGCCGUCGAGGCCGCUGAGCGGGCUGCCACCAUCGCCAAGCAGAAGGCUGAGAUCGCGGCUUCCAGGACCUCCCACUCUCGGGCAAAGGCCGAGGCAGCCCUCACAGCGGCUCAGAAAGCCCAGGAGGAGGCGCGGAUCGCCAGGAUCACUGCCAAAGAGUUCUCCCCUUCCUUCCAGCACCGGGAAAACGGGCUGGAGUACCAGAGGCCGAAGCGUCAGACCUCCUGUGAUGACAUCGAGGUGCUGUCCACCGGGACGCCCCUGCAGCAGGAGAGCCCCGAGCUGUACCGCAAGGGCACCACCCCCUCCGACCUGACCCCCGACGACAGCCCCCUGCAGAGCUUCCCCGCCAGCCCGGCGGCCACCCCGCCGCCCGCGCCCGCCGCCAGGAACAAGGUCGCCCACUUCUCGCGGCAGGUGUCAGUGGACGAGGAGCGGGGUGGGGACAUCCAGAUGCUCCUGGAGGGCCGGGCCGGGGACUGCGGCCGCAGCAGCUGGGGCGAGGAGCAGGCCGGGGGCUCCAGGGGCGUCCGCACCGGUGCCCUGCGCGGCGGCCUGCCCGUGGAUGACCUCCGCUCCCGAGGGUCGGGCCGCAAGCAGCCCGGGAACCCCAAGCCGCGGGAGCGGCGGACGGAGUCGCCCCCGGUGUUCACGUGGACUUCCCACCACCGGGUCAGCAACCACAGCCCCGGGGGCGCCCGGCUGCUGGAGCUGCAGGAGGAGAGGCUGAGCAACUACCGCAUGGAGAUGAAGCCCCUGCUGAGGAUGGAGACGCACCCCCAGAAAAGACGCUACGGCAAGGGCGGCGCCUGCCGGGGCGCGGGGGACGACCACCGCCCCGAGGACCGGGGCUUCGCGGUGCAGAGACUGCGGUCCAAGGCCCAGAACAAGGAGAACUUCAGGCCGGCCUCCUCCGCGGAGCCCGCGGUGCAGAAACUGGCGAGCCUGCGGCUGGGCGGGGCCGAGCCCCGGCUGCUGCGCUGGGACUUGACCUUCUCCCCGCCCCAGAAGUCCUUGCCUGUCGCUCUAGAGUCCGACGAGGAGAAUGGGGAUGAGCUCAAGUCCAGUACGGGCUCGGCUCCUAUCCUGGUGGCGAUGGUGAUCCUGCUCAACAUCGGAGUCGCCAUUCUGUUUAUUAACUUUUUCAUCUGAUGAGACUGUCGCGGUAGCAAAAAUAGAGAAAGGGUAGGAAAAGGGGACAUUAAAAGCAAAACCACAAGAAGGGAAAGACCGCAACUCGGACAGCCCAGCGACUCCCAAGUCCUCUCACAGAAGAACCACAUGAUUGGGUAUCACUCACAGUUUGCCUUUUUUUCUGGGUAAUGUUUUUUGGAUUUUAGCCAAAAUUCUUUGCUUGUAUAACACUCUGCUGUGUGGCAUGGCAGAAUGAGGCCAGCACGCAGCCCCUCCAGCUCCACAUGGAAACAGAAGGGAUCCCGGCCCAUCAGUGGUAACAGUGGACGUCGUCCUCGUGGUCACAUGUUCCUCCUUGGGUGUGGAUGGAGGGCAGCCCGGGGCGGAGCCUCAGCCCCGCGCCCCCUGAGCAGCAGGGCUGGCUCCCGUCGACAUGAGCUUGGAAAAGUGGAUUCACUGCUUCCUCUGUCUAGAACAGACGGGUGACAAGUACGGGCGGGAGGCGUGGGGCAGGGUGGCCCACCCCAGCGGGCAGUAGCCCGGCCUUUUUCUGUGUGAGAUCUGUGCUGCACACCUGAGGGAGGGGGAGGGGUCGGCCACCUCCUCCCUGUGAGACGGAUGCAG